AUGGGUCUUUCUACUAACAGGAUAUGGAAGCCUUGCUGUACUGUCAAUCAUCCUACCGCAUACCCGAAGAUGUUAAUGAACGCCUUUCUCCGAGGUCAGACAAGCCAUGGCGAGCCUUCAGUGGUCCAUGCCUAUCUCAUUCCUUCUCGACUGGACAUCGACGGAAUAAGCAUCAAUUGCGAAUCAAACUACCCUUUUGUUCCCUGCGCAUUGCGUUAUUCUAUCCAUGCGCGAGAGUCCUUCGAGUUCCUGAUCCGAGUUCCACAUUGGUCAUCGAGCUCCUCCACAAUAGAGCUAUGUGGAAACGAAUCACAGUCUCGACGAGAAACGCAACCUUUCGGCUCGACUGCUGGAAACGGAGAUUCAGAAUUCUUUCACCGUGUACAGAUUCCUUCUGGAGGGAAAUUUGUCAUUUUCGUCACGCUGAACGCCGAUGUGAGGGUCAAGGAACACGACGACAAGUCUGUCAGCGUUUACUAUGGCCCCUUGCUCUAUGCUUACGAAGUCGGCCACAAGACGAUCACGAGACUUCCACGCAACUACAAAGACCAAAGCUCCGAUUGUACAGAACUUGCAAAUGUCAGCGAUCAAGACGAUGAGCCGUGGAGGAAAGCGUGCCGUGAUCACGACUACCUCCCGAAUUCUCGUUGGAACAUUGGAGUUGACCCUAGAAAGGGCGUCAAAGUGAUCGUUGAAAGAGACCCUUGGGUGGAAGGAGUUGAGAGGCAGGUGGCUGCUCUUCCGAACCCGAUUUGGGCUUCAGGCACUUCGCCCGUAUAUCUCGAGGUUGAGGCUGCUUGGGUAGAUUGGCCUGUUCAGAACGGAACAGCAGCAGACCCCAGUGCAGUCGAUACAGCUGUGCACGGGGAGACAUUUGUGGCCCGCUUGGUUCCAUACGGCACCGCAAAGCUGCACAUAGCACAAUUCCCUGUACUGAGAACCGAGAAGAUUUGA